UGUGCAACAGUCAACGGAUGCUGAAGCAUAUUGUUCUACGUAUGUGGUCUUAAACAAAUAAUCAAUAGUGAAGCAGUGUAAAUAUCAAUUUUAUUCCUAGAGCCAGCCACAUCGCUGAAAUUAAAUUUUAGUUUCUUUGCUGUAAUAGUGGCCAAACUUUACCCCGAAUGAAGGUACUGUUAAACAAUAGGAACAGCAUAAAGAACGAGCACAUACUUCAUCUACCCGAAUCUCUUAUAUAGAGAAGCCAGUUGACAACGCGUCAAAAACUGUCAAUCAACCGUUCGUCAUCCACUUCGCCAUGCCCUGGAGUCUAGCAGUUCACAGUGUCCCACAUGUCUUCGAGAAGAUUUUCGCCCAUCUGAACCUGAAUGAUCGCUUGACUGCUGCGGCCGUUUGUCGUGAUUGGGAUACAGCCAUUUUCAACACUCGAUCACUGGCCGACAACACUGUGCUACGAAUAGUUUGCGAAGAUCCCGAUCUGCUCGACGUUACAGCAGAUGUUCACCAAAGUAGGCGAAAGUAUCGCAACGUGGCCGUUUUGCUCAGUAGCCCUCUUUGCGAGGAAACCUGGAUACGGUUGAUCGAGCUGUUGAAGACCCUGAACCAGAAAUGCGCCGUGGAGUGGUUCUGGUGCAGUACGACUCAGGAGCAAGACAUUCCGACUGGGUUGAUCGAAUUGGGGACCAUAUUCCGGAACUUGCAAGAGCUGGAGUUGACGAUAACGGUGCGGUCGUAUUCGGACCCAACUUGGCCGUUAGCUUUCCAGGAGCUUAAGCAGCUUCAGAGCUUGACAAUGCACGACGCACACUGUGAGGCACUGGCGUCCGUUCAACGGCAUUGUCGAAAGCUGCGCCAGUUGGCGCUGCAUGGAUUCGGGCUGACGAAACUGUUGGCAGAAGUCCUGGACUUCCCGUGCCUUGAAAGUCUAACAAUCGAAGAACUGCUGGUACCGAAGAACAUCGUGUACCAAUACAGGCACGGUUACGCAGUGCUGCCACAGCUGAAGAGCUUCAGCUUGACAGCGAAGGACAUCCCAACGCCGUCGAGGGGUGCGUUGGAGCUGGCAACACGGCGGCUACCGAUGACGGUCAUCUUCGCACCGCAACUGGAAACGGUUCGGCUAUCGUAUCUGUUGCGGCAUUUCUUCAACGUGAAGAUCGAGCAGCCGAGAUUCGUAAACGGACAGCGCAGGGUGAAUCGAUUGUGAGAUCGACUGUCGUUCCGGAUCAUCGAAGCACAGACUCACAGACGGAUAAUAAAAGCAUGUAAAAUAGAACAAUUUGCGAUCAACAAAAAUCGUCGCAAAAUCAUUGUCUACGAUCGAAGAUUUUGCUUCCUUAUUACCUAUUACAAUCCGCAGUUGUACGAGCGUUGAAAAUCGACAUGAUUCAGCUCACUUUCACUCAGAGUGAAAAAAAAAUCAACAAAAAUAAUCCAAAUGAACACUUUGAAAAACAUAGAUAGUUUCCUUUGUUUGACAGAUCAACGAUACUGUCACAACUUUGAAUGUAAUAUACUGUAACGUCGCUUUUUUUGUAUGCGAUGAAUCCAAAAACAAUCCAUUUUCGAUGGAAAGUCGAGUCUUUGACUAAACGAAUGUUUUAAUAUAUUUGAACAAUGACAAGUUCAUUGUCGCAUCUCUGUAAUGACAGACGUUUCAAUUAUUUAAAUAAAGAUCUCUGUUUAUUCUGCGAACAAUAAA